GUGUCUGUCUGUUUGUGUGUGUGUCUGUGUGUGUGAGUCUGUGUCUGUAUGUGUGUGUGUGUUUGUCUGUUUGUGUUUUAAGCAGUAUGUUACUGUGAUCAAAUGUUAGUGUACCAAAAAAGUAUAUAUUUUUUUAUGAAUUUAUGGAUAUAGCUAAGUAUUUCCACCCAAAUUAGUGUUUUUCAGAAAUCUUUAUUUUUGAAGACUUUUUUCAGGAAUUUAUUCUUAUAGUAUUUUACUGUGAUCAAAUGUUGGCAUAGUAAAAAAUUAUAUUUUGUUAUUGUUUUUUUUCUCUUAAUUUCAGGUCACAAUGACUAUAUUUGUCCAGCUACGAACCAGUGCACCAUUGACAAGAACCGACGUAAAAGCUGUCAGGCCUGUCGUCUGCGUAAAUGCUAUGAAGUAGGAAUGAUGAAAUGUGUCAGACGUGAGCGCUCUGGUUAUCGUGGGCCUCGACAUCGCCGUGGCGGACCUCAGUCUCGUGGUGUGCCCGGCAGAGAGCUGCUCAGGGUUGGACCAGGGUCUCGAGCUCAGCGACAUUUAUACCUGGAGGCACCACUGGCACCAUACGCCUCCCUCCCCCAGGCCAUUCACGUUCACCCAUCAACCAUGAGUCCAGAAGAGUUCAUCAGUCGGAUCAUGGAGGCUGAGCCUCCAGAGAUCUAUCUGAUGGAGGAUCUGAAGAAACCGUUCACUGCGUCCAGCAUGAUGAUGUCACUCACCACCCUGGCUGACAAAGAGCUGGUUCUGAUGAUCAGCUGGGCCAAGAAGAUACCUGGGUUUUCAGAGCUGAGCCUCUCAGACCAGAUCCACCUGCUGAAAUGCUGCUGGCUGGAGAUCCUGAUGCUGGGCCUGAUCUGGAGGUCAGUGGACCAUCCUGGGAAACUCAUCUUCUCCCCUGACUUCAAACUGAACAGGGACGAGGGUCAGUGUGUGGAAGGCAUCAUGGAGAUUUUCGACAUGCUGCUGGCAGCCACGUCUCGAUUCCGUGAGCUGAAGCUUCAGAGAGAGGAGUACGUCUGUCUGAAGGCCAUGAUUCUCCUCAACUCCAAUCUGUGUAACAGUUCUCCUCAGACCACAGAAGAGCUGGAGAGUAGGAACAAAAUGCUGCAACUUCUGGACUCUGUGAUCGACGCUCUGGUCUGGUCCAUUUCCAAACUGGGACUGACCACGCAGCAGCAGACGCUGAGGCUCGGGCACCUGACCAUGCUGCUGUCACACAUCCGCCAUAUCAGUAACAAAGGUAUGGACCACUUGUGCACCAUGCAGAGGAAGAACGUGGUUCUGGUCUAUGACCUCCUCCUGGAGAUGCUUGACGUCAACACAUCCACCAGCCAGACGUCAUCUUCGCCGGCCUCAGAUAUGUUCUCAGACCAGAACCAGAACCCAUACCAGCAUUCCCAACCGCAGUCCCAGACUUGCUCAGAGCAGAACGCUGCUGCUGAUCACACCAACACUGUGCCUCUACACAAACCCACCAAUGCCCCCAUACUGGACCAGCAUCUGCAGGAUAUGCCUUUCCAGCCCACAGUUGCAGCUCAAAGUCUAGUGGUGACCCACAUGGACACCUGCAAUUACAUUCCGGCAGAGCAGUGGACGAUGGACAAUAGUCCUUCCAACAUCAUCAUCUCUGACAGAAUGGUCAUGGACUCCACAAUGGACUGAUCCAAAGAUCAGAAAAAAAACAGGGAAAAAAAAGCUAAACAAAAACCUGUUUUCUGUCCAUGGGACGUUCUUCAUCUCUGAGAACAUGCAGUAUAUAUGUCACUGUUGUGUGUUUGUUGAUGUUCUCUGUGAAUUUGCACUAAAGUCAGUGUUUUUACGAUGACAUCACUUUUAGCUGUUAUUUCUCUCUUUGACAUCACAGCAGAAAAACCAUGGACUUGAACCCACAACCUGUUCUGACUAACAAAAACAAGGACUUGUUGACUGUUUCUCGUCUCCUGUGCCUUUAAAUUAGACACGAGUUGUGUUUCUAUGACAUUUACUCGCACACAACUGAUUAUAGCUUCUUUAAAAAAUCUCAUUAAUUAAAAUUUCUCAAAAUCUU